GGAUGCUGCCUGGGAAGGACUUUGGCAACAGUAUCUCUCUCUGUGACCUUGGCCUCCGCAGCAGUCAGGCCCAGCAGCCGCCCCAGCACCCAGGCCAGCGGGACCUUGUUUUCCUCACAUGGGUUUCCUCUAAACAUCAUCAUGUGGGGGCAAAAUAUUGCUGCUGAGAACUCGCACAGGAAUGCCCGGAUGUCUCCGUACCCUGGCUCUAAGGUGGUGCGAUGCCAUGUCCCCAACGAGAAAGUGAGCUGGCUGGUUGAGUGGAGAGAGUACAACCCGGUGGAAUACACGGCCAGCUUGGUCUUGGCCAGGCCUCAGUGGGCAGAUCCACAGCUGGGCGAAAGAAACUUCUGUCCGAGAUUUAACGAAAGGGAUGGCAAUGUGGAGAGAAGGAGCCAGGAAGGCUUUUAUGAGGUUAGAAAUGGUAGACCGAAAAAUCCCGUAGGUAGGACAGGGAUGUCUGGCCGAGGGAUUUUGGGGCGCUGGGGUCCCAAUCAUGCCCUUGAGCCCAUUGUCACCCGGUGGAAAAGGGAUAGCAUGGGAAACACAGUGACCCAUCCUGUGUCGAGGAAAAAUAUUCUGCAGUUCGUGGCCAUUAAAAGGAAGGACUGUGGGAAAUGGGCAAUUCCGGGGGGGAUGAUGGAUCCAGGAGAGAGCACCAGCAUCACCCUGAGGAGAGAAUUCGGCGCCGAAGCCACGAACUCUCUACGCAAGUCGAAGGCGGAGAGGCAGAUGCUGGAGAAACAGUUACACAGACUCUUCAGCCAGGAUCAGUUUGUAAUCUAUAACGGCUACGUGGAUGAUCCUCGGAACACGGACAACGCGUGGAUGGAGACGGAGGCGGUGAACUACCACGAUGAAACAGGUGAAAUAACGUGCCAUCUUCCCCUCAAGGCUGGCGAUGACGCCAAGGAGGCGAAGUGGGUAGACAUUUUUGACACACUCAAGCUUUACGCCAGCCAUUGGCAAUUCAUUCAAUUCGUGGCUGAGAAGCGAGGUGCCCACUGGAAGGAGGAGCAUUACCAUGGGCAUCAGAGAUAG